AAAAAAUGGGCUUUUUGACGCUCAUUGGUCUAUUCGUAAUUUUUUAUUAUUUGUUUUAUAUUAUAUUUCCCUGGUUUAGUGAUUGUGAUGCCCUCACAAAAUUUAAGGAAAAAUUUGGUAAACCAGUAGAUUCAUUGAGAAAUCAAGUCGUGUGGAUAGUGGGUGCAUCAAGUGGAAUUGGUGAAAAUCUCGCUUAUUCAUUAGCAGAUGCAGGCUGCAAAUUAAUAUUAUCAGCGAGACGUACUGAUUUACUAGAAAAAGUAAAAACUAAUUGUUUAAGAGGAAAUGUAAAAUUGACUGAAAAAGACAUAUUAGUGCUUCCUUUUAAUAUCUGCGAUGCGGAAGUACAUCAGAAAAUGUUGAACACCGCACUUUCAGAAUUUGGCCAACUCGACAUUCUUGUAAAUAAUGCUGGGCGAACCCAAAGAGCAAUAUGGGAAAAAAUAGACCUGAAAGUUGAUAAGGAACUUUUUCAUUUGAAUGUAUUCUCUAUAAUUUCCUUAUCUCGGGUGGUCCUAAAAUACUUUUUAGAAAAAGGAAAGGGUCACUUUGCCGUAACUUCAAGUACUGCUGGGUUCACUGGUGUACCUUUUUCUGCAUCAUAUACUGGAUCAAAACACGCUCUUCACGGAUACUUUGAAUCCAUGAGAACUGAAAAAGCAACCAACAAUAUUGCGAUAACUAUGAUUUGUCCAGGCCCAAUACAGACAGACUUCUUGUAUGAAAGUUUUACGGAAAAUCCAGGCGAGAAAUUGGAACAAAAAACAGCAGUAUCAUCAACCAAAGUGAGUGCAAAACGUUGUGGACAAUUGAUUUCGAUAGGAUUGGCGAAUCAAUUAGAAGAAAUUUGGAUCGCUAAUCCCAUAGUUAUACUGCUUUGCUAUCUCAAAUAUUAUCCUAAUUUGAAUAACAUAAUAUGGAGACAUCUCGGUCCAAGAUUUUUUCAAAAAGUGAGAGAUAGUAAAGAUAUUGUUAAAACGUGAAAUUUCUGUAUUUGUCUAUUAGUUACC